UCAAUCGCAUCCUCCGCUAUCAAUGUUUGUGAUACCGAGCAAUAAAUAAUUGCAGUUCGUAUUCGUUCGUUGGCGUUCGCCAUACAUACUCGUACAAUCACCAUUCAGUUCUACGAAGCUUUGAAUCAUGUCACUGCUGCCGCUGCUUUUCUCCGGAACCAGUUCAUCGUUAUUACUGCUGACUGCUCUAACGAUGGCCGUUGUUAGCGGGGAAGUGCCGGUGACACUCGAUCCGGAGAAGACGUCAUUUGCUUUUACGAGAAGUAUCGAGUUGCAUGCGAGCGGCGGGAAUGAUUCCGAUCUACUUCUUCGAGGGGAGCGCAUAGGCAACUGGACUAGGUGGGAGUUUGGAGAGGUUAUAGAUCAACCGACCGGAUGCUUUGUUAGGGAUUUGCUGACCAGAUUAGAGUUGUUUGACGCUGCAGAGGGACGGUUUCGAGUGGAACAACUUCAGGUUCAGUUCAAGCAAUAUGAGAGUUUCCUAAAUUGCACUCAGACUGAAGUGGAUGACCUUUCUGCUCAGCUAGGACACUACGAUAAUUUGUGGGACUGCAUUUCAGUGUUAAAAGCGUUCAGACAGGCUAUAUUGCCUUCAAUCGAUGUAUUUAGGCAACUGUUUAUUCUGGAUCCCAGCACUUCUGCAGUCGUGUAUUCCAGUUUGGGAUCAUCAAUAAGGCAGCCGAACCAGUCAGUAUUCGAAUUUUGUGAAAAAAAGUUCUACCAUAAUAAAGUGGACGUUUGGUGUGCAGCGCGGAAUUACAGUAUUCCCAACGAUGAGGAUUUUCACAAACAUAUGGAUUGCAUUUUCAAUAUGUUGCGCUAUUUCAACAGAAAAGGGGAUCUUGAUGUGACGGAGAUUUGCCGAGAUUUCCAUCAAGUUGGCGUAAUGCACCUGGAUGAUGGCAUAUCGGAAAUUCUAAGGCUCUGUAGCGUUAAUCCCGAAAGUAAGGCACUGUCGUACUAUCGGUGUUUGUUGGAGAGUGAUUAUUUGGAUCAAUUCAAAGAGGCCUUGGAUUAUCGUGAGAUUCGAUCGAGUGACUAUUGGUAUGCGCUGGUGAACCCCGAGUCAAUUUACGACAGGGAUCAAGUGCAGCUCCAGAUCAAUACUGUUAAUAAUGAAUAUUGUAAUAACUAAUUGUCACUUACAAACAAACCGUUAAGUUAAAUUCUAUUGGAUUGACUGUGUUAUCAAUCUAUUGUACUUAUGUUUAUCAAAGCUCUCAUGUCUAAUGGAGUCGUAAUUUAAUCAUAUUUCCAUAGACACUGUGAAAUACAA